AUGCUAUGGCUGACGUCAUCGAAUGGACAUGCCCAGGUGAAGCAAAUCUCGGAAAGAGACUUUCCGGACCUCAAGCACAAUGCCAACCCGAAGGAGCCGAUCGGCAGCAGCAUGUGUCCAUUGUCGGCAGAAAAAGAAAAGGAGAAUGAAGUCCUUCGACAGAAAUGUGCCCAGCUCCGAGGCAGCAACACCAUUACUGCUGGAAGGGUUCAAUCCGAGCUGGAAAAUUCUGUUGCAUCAGCAAGCAGUCCAUGUACUUCAUUGUCAUCCUCGAGAGUAGCCGGUAUUGGUCUCUCAAGGAAUGACUUUUCCUCCACUUCAACUAGAGAUGCAUCACACCCGGAGGUACCAGAGAACAACCGCAGAAAUACUUCAUUGUAUCACGGCCCAACAAGUACAGUAUAUGAUGAUACGACUCCAGAUCACAACGAGCAGAAUAGACAUGGUCAAUCCAACGAAGAGGGAACACGGCAUUUUCUCUUUUCCCAGACAGCGCGACAGAGACAGCUAGAGCCGCUCAAUCUUGCCGCCGGAAAACUCGACUUUGAUGGUACGGAUCCAGGGAUUGGCAUGCAUCUACUCUGUAUAUACUGGAGUCGCCAACUCUACACGGCACAGAUAAUCUAUCGACCAGCUUUCAUGCGGGACAUGGCCUGCGAGGGACCAUACUUUUCCAAAUUGCUCUUGAACGCGAUAUUUUUCGUGGUCUCAAAGCACUGCGACCGACCAGAGCUUCGGUCCGACCCAAAUGACAUUACGACCGCAGGAUGGAAGUUCCGGCAACGCUUCACGCAGCUGUUGCGAGAUUGCUUCGAUAAAAGUGAGAUCACUACUCUCCAGGCAUUGUUGAUUAUGUCCAAUGCACUUUUCUCCAGAUGUGAUGAACGGAGUCUGUCGUGGCUAUAUGCUGGAAAUGCAUUCAAUAUGUUCAUUGAUCUUGGUCUUCAUGUGCUUCCUGAUGUUGAUAGUAUCCCUGCCGAGGAACUUGAAAUUCGAAAACGAGUUCUCUGGGGAGCAUACCUAAUUGAUAAGAUCCAGUGUCUUUUUCAAGGGAGACCUCCACUUCUCAACCGUGUCAAUUUGAGAGCGUCACUAAAUUUUUUGGAUGACUACGAUGAACUUGAACCUUUCCAAGCUAUAACAUACACAACAACCAAGCCUCGAGCCGUGGUUCCUUCACUGAAUGUUUCUUUGCUCACCAAUUUGUGCGGGCUGACAACGAUUGUGGAACGUAUUCUUCGUGAGAUCUAUUCGGAAUCUCGAGAGUCAAAUCUAGCCCACAGAGCAAAUAUCUCGGAGGAAAUCAAGUCACAACUGAGAAUCUGGCGCCAAAACUUGCCACUUAGGCUUGAUUAUCUCUCGUUCCCAGAGCAGGCGGUUCUCCUGCCUCAAUCCGCCUGUCUUUUAGCUUUAUUCAACGUGCUUAUCAUUUUGGUACAUCGUCCAUUGAUAAUCGGCCAUGACGGGGUCAUCAAUUCAACAACUGCCCACGAGUCAGUGAACGCAUGUACAUCAGCUGCGAACCAAAUUGUUCAAAUACUCCACGACUACUCGCAGCACUUUUCUUUAAGCAGUGCACCGUACAUGCUCUCUUAUGCAACCUAUAUUAGUGCAACAAUCCACGCACGAAUUGUUGCCCAGAAAGGGAGUAACUCAACCGUGUUCCAGUCACUGAUUCUUUGUCGGAAUAUUCUUUCUGAACAUACACGCCUCUAUUCUGCAGCAGAAAAAGCCAAGGAAAAUUUGGAUAAGUUGAUCUCUCACUUAGGGAUCAGUACUGCAGACGACGAUCAGCGGACUGGAAGCCCCGGGGGCCCUGGGAGCACUGGAAACACCGUUCCCAGUGAGCACAUAGUUAUAGAUGAGUCUAUUAACGUUGCCGGGGGUGGCGUCGCAGACUGUGCACUUGAAUUUGGAUCCUCUAUCAUGAAUUUGGAAUUAUCAGACCUGGACCUGGAUGCAAUUGCUCAAGGCUUUCAGGUGGAUGUCGAGUCGCAUUCGUUCUGGAAUUCUCUGGUAUGA